AUGCGCUCAGAGAAGGAGGGGGCCGGAGGCCCAGGCGCUGCCGUUGCUGCGCGGGGCCCGAGCGGGAGGGAGAAGCCGUCGGCCGUGGAAGUCCAGUUCCGCCGGGAGUCGCCGCGGCGAGAACCCGAGGCGCCACCAGCCUCGUUCUUCGUUUGCGGGGACGGCAUUUGCAAACAUCGCGAGGAGAAGAAAACGGUCCUGAGCAAGGUGGUCAUCCGACGGCUUCCUCCCAGCCUCACCAAGGAGCAGCUGGAAGAGCAGCUACACCCACUGCCGGCACAUGAUUACUUUGAGUUCUUUACUGCCGAUUUCAGUCUUUAUCCUCAUCUCUACUCAAGAGCAUACAUUAAUUUUAGAAAUCCUGAUGACAUCCUUCUUUUUAGAGAUCGUUUUGAUGGAUAUAUCUUCAUUGACAGUAAAGGCCUAGAAUAUCCUGCAGUGGUAGAGUUUGCCCCAUUCCAGAAGAUAGCCAAAAAGAAGCUAAAGAAAAAAGAUGCCAAAACCGGAAGCAUUGAAGAUGAUCCGGAAUACAAGAAGUUUUUGGAAACUUACUGUGUGGAGGAAGAGAAAACGAAUGCCAAUCCUGAAACUCUUCUGGGAGACAUGGAGGCAAAGACAAGAGAGCUUAUUGCUAGAAGAACCACACCUCUUUUGGAAUAUAUUAGAAAUAGAAAAUUAGAGAAGCAGAGGAUUCGAGAAGAGAAGCGAGAAGAGCGAAGGAGGAGGGAGCUGGAGAAGAAGCGCUUACGGGAAGAAGAAAAGAGAAAAAAGAGAGAUGAGGAGAGGUGUAAGAGAAAAGAAGCAGACAAACAGAAGAGAACAGCAGAGAGAGAAGUAAGGAUUAAGCUUCUUAAGAAACCAGAAAAGGGAGAGGAACCAACCACUGAGAAGCCAAAAGAAAGAGGAGAGGAAAUGGAUACUAGAGAUGGAGAACAGGAGUCCUCUCCUGGCUGUGCUGUCCGGAAGCCCAUGCCCUUGGGGAUCUCGCUGGAGGAGCCCAGGGAAAAGUCACAGAAUGAGAGCAAUGAAGAGCAAAGGGAGUUGGACCGAAGAUUCAGAGAAAAAGACCCUGAAACACAAAGAUGCCACUUGGAUGACAGUAGAAAGCAGAGAGCUCACUGUGAGUUUGACACGUUUUCGCGGAGAAAUGAGGAGGAGCUGAGAUGGGGGAAAGGAGGCCCCCCCGACAGAGGGAAGAAGGGGAGCCAGGACAGUGGCAACGCUGUGGAGGCAGCAGAGCGGCCCGGGAAAGAGCAGAGGAGUGAAGGUGGCCCAGCAGCCAAAAUGGAGCGCCCAGGAAACAAGGAUCGGCCGGCCUUGCAGCUGUACCAGCCAAGAGUUCGCAUCCGAGCACGAGAAGGUGGUAGGGGAACCUCUGUGGAGUGCCCUGGCAGGAACAAGGAUGAGGCUGAAGAUUCAGCACAGGGGGGUUCCCAGAAGAGCGAAGAGGCGGGGUGA